AUGAGAAAACAUUUCUUGUUAAUAUUACUAUGUUUUAAUGUAUUUUUUGGUUGUAUUUAUUUUAUUCAUGAACGAAAAGAAGAAGAACCAAUUCCAAUUCUAUCUGCAACAAAUACAAAAAUAUCAAAUAUUAUUUUUCAACGACAACGGUAUAAUCAAUAUGUAAUAAAAACAAAUAAAGCAAUUGAAUUUAUUAAAAAUACACUUGAAAAUGAAUAUAAUCAAAAUGAUUUAAUGAAUUUUUAUAAUCAUGUUCAAAAAGAAUAUUCAUUAGGAUUAAGAUGUACAAGAAUACAAAAUAUAUCGAAAACGAUGGCUAUAAUUAAUACUACUGAUCAAAUUGAAAACAAUACUAGAAUUAUCAGUACGAGAGCCAGUUCAUCAUUUUCAACAUUGACUUCUUCUAGAAAACAUUUAUCUUCUCGUCGUUUUCAACGAACUGAUCUUUAUACAUUUAUAAUAGAUAAUUCUGAUGCGUGUUUAAAUGAAUUUGUUGAUUUGGUAAUAAUAAUUAUAUCAAAAUCUGAUAAUUAUAAAACACGUGAUGCUAUUCGUCGUACAUGGGCAUCAGGAAAAGAUAUUGAUAUUUAUUCAACAAUAAAUAUAAAAUUUUUUUUUCUUAUUGAUUUUAAUGAAAAAUUAAUUCAUCAUAUUCGACUUGAAAAUAAUCUUUUUCAUGAUAUAAUUCAAGUUGAAUUAUUACAAGAAUAUACAUUAGUUACACAUCGUGUUUUAUCUUUAUUUGAAUGGUCAUUUCGUUAUUGUCGUACAGCAAAAUUUUUAUUUAAAACUGAUGACGAUGUUUUUAUUAAUUUAAUAUUACUUUUAAAAUUUAUUUCACCAUUAAUUAAACAACCAAUAAAUAAUUCAUUUUUAAUAUCAGAUAUGCAUAUAUAUGGUUAUAAACAUAAGAAUGCACGUGUAUUUCGUCAUUCAAAAAAUCUAGUAUCAGGUCGAUACAUUGUUACACAUGAUGAAUAUCCAUGCGAACGAUAUCCAACAUUUUUAUCCGGUUUUGGCUAUUUAAUAUCGAAAAAAGCAAGAGACGCCAUUCUCUAUACUGCUUAUCAAGAUCUCGAACCAUUCCGAAUAUCUGAUGUUUAUCUAACUGGUAUCAUACCUGAUUAUCUAUCUAUUCCACGUCAACCAUUAUCUGAUUAUAAAAUUGAAUUUAUAAAGAGUUGUGACCAUUUUUUUCGUCAUUCAAAAGCAUUUGCAUGUGCAGAUAGUAUUCAUCAUGGUAAUACAAGUGAUACUUUUGAUAAAUUUAAUCAAUAUUGGCAACUUAUUAAGAAGAAACAUAGAUCUACUCAAUAG